UGCUCUAUGGCUGUCAUUACCAAAACACUUAAUUUUGAGCUGGUCACAACUCUGUGUGUUGCAUGAACUGUAUCACUGCAGAAUUGCUGCUGCAAUUACACUGUAGAGACAGUUUGUGUUUAGCAAGGCAAGCUUCCAUCAUGUUAUGGGAUCAUGGGAUCAUUUAGGCUGGAAAAGAUCAUCAAGUCCAACCCCUACACUCACAGUUUUUCUGGUGGCCUCUUUUUGAGAAACAGGUUACUCUUACAGGCAGAAGAGGAUUGGUAUAUUAAAAGGGUUUAAGGAAUAAGAACUAAGGUGGUAAAAGUAGUCUUUCUCAUGAAAGUGUCUCAGGCUGUGAAAGAACAAUUGUUCAGGGGACAAGUGUGAAGGAGGAGCUAAAACCUGCGAUGCUGCUGAAGGAGUGACUAUAGUGGACACUGCAGUUGAAGGGAAUACACUUUUACAAGGCCAGAAUUCUACAUCAUCCAGAGCAAUGACGUGCCUAAUUUGAAAGCAUAAUUAAUUUUGUAUUAUAACAGGCUCCCAAGAGUGGGACAACGGUAGUCAGGCCCCUGUGACUUCUUCAGUGAAUUUGAAUGGUUAUAUGUGAAAACAGGGGAUGAAAACCACCUACCUCGUUUUUGGAACAAAAGGAGCGUGGCUGAUUUCUCCUGUGAUCCCGUUUCUCUGCUGCCUGUUCAUGAAAAGCCUGCUCAGAUGCACACAGAUAACUACACCUUCCAGCUCAGAGUGCAACAACCUGCUAAAGCUGUUUGUGCACCGGACAGUGCACAAGCCCUGGGAUGAGACAGAGGUUCUGUUUGUUUGUUCAGGAAAACUGUUUAUGAGCAGAGAAGCACCCAAAAGCAGCAAGAUCCAGCUGCCACAGAUACUGUUCUUUCUCCUCCAGAGAAAUGUAACAGCCAGGUGUUUUACACACAAUCUAGAAAAGGUUUGUCUUCACUCUCAAAUGAAAAGUUGUCAAGUACCUGUACAUUAUCACAGGAUGAAAACGUUGUCAUGGCACAAGAAAAACUGGAAGAAGAGUGUGCUCUUAGUCCUGGUCCUGCCAGAAAGGUUCUGUCAUCCAGCAACUUGCAGGAGUGGGCUCAGGAAGAAGACCCCAAAAUAUGAAAGGGGUGUGCUCCAGCUGAUACCACAGCCCAGGAGCGCUGAGUGCUGGAAACACGUGAAACAUCCAGCUCUGCAGAGCAGCUCCUUGGAGUCCAGGAGUUAGGUACGUGCUGUAACUCUGC